AUGGCAGAAGAGAGAAUUUCGUCGCCGUAUGUGAAGUUGACGAAAGAUCAAGUGCCUCUUGAAGAUAUUAAGCCUGGUGAGCUUAAUCAGCCUAUCCAUGUUCCCCAGCUGGAUGUGCGGAAGUGUAAUGAAUGUGGGCAGCCUUUACCUGAAAGCUUUGAACCUCCUGCAGAUGAACCAUGGACGACUGGCAUAUUUGGCUGUGCUGAAGACACAGAAAGUUGCUGGACAGGUCUUUUUUGCCCAUGUGUUCUGUUUGGGCGUAAUGUUGAGAGAUUGAGAGAAGAUACCCCUUGGACCUCUCCAUGCAUCUGUCAUGCCAUUUUUGUUGAGGGCGGCAUUGCACUUGCAGCAGCAACAGCAGCAUUCCAUGGUAUUGACCCGAGGACAUCCUUCCUUAUCUGUGAGGGGUUAUUGUUUAGUUGGUGGAUGUGUGGAAUAUACACUGGUCUCUUUCGGCAGUCACUGCAGAAGAAAUAUCAUCUCAAGCUGGAUGUGCGGAAGUGUAAUGAAUGUGGGCAGCCUUUACCUGAAAGCUUUGAACCUCCUGCAGAUGAACCAUGGACGACUGGCAUAUUUGGCUGUGCUGAAGACACAGAAAGUUGCUGGACAGGUCUUUUUUGCCCAUGUGUUCUGUUUGGGCGUAAUGUUGAGAGAUUGAGAGAAGAUACCCCUUGGACCUCUCCAUGCAUCUGUCAUGCCAUUUUUGUUGAGGGCGGCAUUGCACUUGCAGCAGCAACAGCAGCAUUCCAUGGUAUUGACCCGAGGACAUCCUUCCUUAUCUGUGAGGGGUUAUUGUUUAGUUGGUGGAUGUGUGGAAUAUACACUGGUCUCUUUCGGCAGUCACUGCAGAAGAAAUAUCAUCUCAAGGUAGUAAAAAUUCUCUUUUUUAUUUUACGCGACCAUUGCUUGCAGUAA